CCUAGCCCACCUAGGCCAGUCAACGAGGCCAACUGAAUUCUCCAACGAUUUGUCUUAGUUACCCUUCCAUCCAAAGGGUAGCAUAAUGUUUAUCUAGAAUCCUACAAUGCUACAUGCAAGUCCACUCCACCACGUGAUGAUGCAAGAUGGUUGGAUGAUAGAAUCCGGAGGGUGAACAAGUACGUCCGUAGGAUCUUCGUCUCAUACUGCUUACUUCGUUCCCGCUUCCCCUCUAAGCCAUAUUCUAAAGAUGGUGGGAGGUACGAGAUUCAUCAUCGGUACUUACUUUGCCUACCUACCUCUACCCACCUACCUAGGUAGGCAGGCACCCAUUAUACUAUCGCCGUAUAUGUGCCCCCGUGCCUCUCCUCUGGUCCGCAUGCAUUCUUCUUCUUAUACUAUGUACGUGGGAUCUCAAGUAAGCCAACCAGUCGCUUUCCAACAUCUUUUCUUCCCCAACCCCAGCUUUGAAUCUUACCACCAACAAACCACACAAGACCACGUACAAACUCCAACCGGCUUGGAGCCAAUAAGAACUUGAUACCAAAGAUGGCCGGAUUUCACGUCUUUGAUGACUCCCUACAAGGCUCUUGUAUAGUCAUCUUUAUCAUUUUCACACCUCUCUGCAUUGUGGCAUCUGCGUUGCGCCUGGCCUCAUCCCGUAUCGCCUUUGGGAAGAUAGGCAUCGAAGACUAUUUGACACUCGGGUCGCUAUUCUUCCUCCUCGCCUGGGUGGCGGGUAGUUCUACUGCAAUCGGCUUUCUGAAUGGACGUGAUGUGAUGCAAAUGACUCCCGAGGAGAUCUCCAAUGCUUUUAAAGUUAUUUGGGCCUCGAGUCUCAUGUUCGCGCCGAACCAGCUAUGUUCCAAGCUGAGCAUCUUGUUUCUCUACCGCCGCAUCUUCGGCAUCAACCGCACUUACACGCGAUGGAUUAAGGGUCUGGCAUUGGUGCAGAUUCUUUGGGCCAUCGAAACUCCCCUUGUCGAGGCAUUCGAGUGCACGCCGGUCAAGAAGUACUGGGAUAUCACCUACGUGGGCGGAACGUGCAUCGACAUAGGCGCAUAUCUAGCGGCAAACGAGACGAUCAACUCGCUAAUUGAUUUGGUCAUGGCGGCCCUCGCCGUUGUCAUGCUACGCCAGCUUCAGAUAAGUUCGCAGACCAAGUGGAAACUAGGAAUAGUCUUUGCCAUCGGUAGCUUUGCUGGAAUUAUCGGAUUCAUCAAGAUUGGGUUGGCAUUCAAAGUUAGCGUCCACAACCAAAUUCAAAUGGGACUGUGGGCUACGUUGCAGAUGUCUCUGAGCAUCAUUUGCUGCUGCGUGAUCACAUACGGACCGCUCUUCACCAGGGCAGGCCUCACUCGUCGGCUCGCGACCAAAAGCCCAACGUACGGCAGCAAGUCUCAUCACAAUCUAGCACCCUCACAGUCGGGCCAUGGGGUAUACUCCGGCAGCUACGUCGAGUUGGGAGGGGCUGGCAUCGGGAGGGGCAAUGUUCGCACAGAGAUCGGCAUCGGCAAGCCCCGCGAUAUUUACAGCAGAGACUCUGGGAGCCGGGACUUUUAUGACGAAAGCCAUCUUGUCGAGCAGCAGAUGAAGAGUGUGCGGAUCCACCAGACCGUCGGCCCGUUGGGGUCAUAGCUUCGUUUACUACUGAUGCGGCAUGCCUAAUGCCUUGGCGUAUACUAGGAGGUACCUAAACUUGGUAUCUGGACAUGGACUGUAUGUAUGUAUUGGGGCUUCAAUGUUGAUAAGAUCGCGGGCGUUUCUUAGUACUCUAGGUUGAGGGUUAUAUAAUGUCCUUACUGUACAUGUAUGUAUAAAUUUACGUGAAUAUGAUGUAGUUAUUUCAAAUCCUCCAUGAGUAAAUCCCACGAUCGGGAGUUCCACAUA